UCCUUAACUCCACAAUAAUAUUUAGGCAGCUGAUGAUGCAGUGGCAUACAUCCGGUGGAAGAAGAUGCUAGACGAAAGAAAUUUGGCUUUUCCGCUAGACGAUACUCUAGCACAUAUACAUCAUGGAGUUAAGCCGUCCAGUGGAAAAAAGGCCUAUAGUAUGCCUCGACUCUACAUGGCAGAGAGAAGAUGUGGAAGCUUAAAGUUGCGGAAGGGGGGAGUCCAUGGCUUCGGACUUUAAACAAUCACAUAGGCCGCCAGAUUUGGGAGUUUGAUCCUGAACUUGGAUCUCCUGAAGAGCUUGCAGAGAUUGAGAAAGUUCGAGAAUCAUUCCGUGAUAAUCGGUUCAGUAAAAAACACAGCUCUGAUCUCCUCAUGCGCAUGCAGUUUGCAAAUGAGAAUCAAGAUAGAAUAGUCUUACCACGAGUGAACACAGAUGAUGCAGAUGAUAUAUCAGAGGAUAAGGUAACAGCAACACUUAGAAGAGCUCUGAGUUUCCAUUCAACUCUCCAGGCCCAUGACGGACACUGGCCUGGGGAUAAUGGUGGUCCCAUGUUUUUUCUGGCUGGUCUUAUUAUAACUUUAUCGAUAACCGGAGCACUGAAUACAAUCCUAUCAGAAGAACAUAAACGUGAGAUUUGUCGGUAUCUAUACAAUCAUCAGAACAGUGAUGGUGGGUGGGGUUUACACAUUGAGGGUCCAAAUACUAUGUUUGGUACUGUAUUGAACUAUGUCAGUCUGAGGUUGCUUGGGGAAGGAGCUAAUGAUGGACAAGGGGCAAUGGAAAAAGGGCGUCAAUGGAUUUUGGACCAUGGUGGUGCCACGUCAGUAUCAUCAUGGGGGAAAAUGUGGCUUUCAAUUCUGGGUGUCUUUGAAUGGUCCGGAAAUAAUCCUCUGCAACCGGAAAUAUGGAUGUUACCUUAUAUUGUUCCAGCUCACCCAGGAAGAAUGUGGUGUCACUGUAGGAUGGUUCAUCUUCCAAUGUCAUAUUUAUAUGGGCGGAGGUUUGUUGGCCCAAUCACAUCCACAGUGCUAGCUCUGAGAAAAGAGAUUUUUAAUGUCCCUUAUCAUGAAAUAGAUUGGAAUCAAGCACGCAACUUAUGUGCGAAGGAAGAUCUGUUCUAUCCGCACCCUUUCAUACAGGAUAUACUCUGGGAAGCUCUGAAUAAGUUCGUCGAACCUUUAUUAAUGUAUUGGCCUGGAAAGAAGUUAAGAGAGAAAUCUCUUCGGAAUGUUAUGGAGCACAUACAUUAUGAGGAUGAAAAUACUCGGUAUAUAUGUUUAGGGCCUGUUAAUAAGGUGUUAAAUAUGCUAUGCUGUUGGGUGGAAGAUCCAAAUUCCGAGGCUUUUAAGUUACAUCUUCCAAGGCUUUAUGAUUAUUUAUGGCUUGCUGAGGAUGGCAUGAAAAUGCAGGGUUAUAAUGGAAGUCAAUUAUGGGACACAUCUUUCGCUGUUCAAGCAUUUCUAUCAACUGAACUUACAGAAGAAUAUGGUCCAACUCUAAGAAAAGCUCAUAUGUACAUAAAGAACUCACAGGUGGUUGAUGACUGCCCUGGUGACCUUGACUUCUGGUAUCGCCAUAUUUCUAAAGGUGCUUGGCCCUUCUCCACUGCAGAUCAGGGAUGGCCACUUACAGAUUGCACCGCUGAAGGAAUUAAGGUUACACUUUUACUGUCAAAAUUGUCACCGGAGCUCGUUGGCGAACCACUAGAUGCCAGGCGGCUGUUUGAUGCUGUCAAUAAUCUUCUUUCUCUACAGAACAGUGGUGGUGGCUAUGGAACAUAUGAACUCACAAGAUCCUAUAGUUGGAUGGAGUUAAUUAACCCUUCUGAGUUAUUUGGCGGCCAAUCCGUUGACUAUCCUUCUCUUGAAGUUACAUCAUCAGCAAUUGAAGCUUUGUCGACUUUCAAGAAAUUUUAUCCAGAGCAUCGACGAGAAGAAAUUACACUUUCUAUUGAAAAAUCUGUUUCAUUCAUUGAAAAAAAACAAGAACCAGACGGCUCAUGGUAUGGUUCUUGGGCAGUCUGCUUUACCUAUGGCACAUGGUUUGGUAUAAAAGGUUUAGUAGCUGCUGGAAGGAGCUUCGCUAAUUGCUCUAGCAUUCGCAAGGCUUGUGACUUUCUGUUGUCUAAACAAGUCGCUUCUGGUGGUUGGGGAGAGAGUUACCUCUCCACUCAGAAUGAGGUAUAUACAAAUCUUGAGGGUAACCGCUCACUUGUUUUGAAUACUGCAUGGGCUAUGCUGGCUCUCAUAGAUGGUGGACAGGCCGAGAGAGACGCUAAACCAUUGCACCGUGCAGCAAAGUUUUUGAUCAAUUCUCAAAUGGAUGAUGGAGAUUUCCCACAGGAGCUCAUGGGGGUCCUUAGCAAGAAUUGCAUGAUCACUUAUGCUGCACACAGAAACAUUUUCCCUAUAUGGGCUCUAGGAGAAUACAGAUGUCGAGUUCUUCAGGGGUGUUGAUGACUUGUAUCAAUCCCCUUUGUAACUAUGACUUUUUUUUAUACAUACAGUUAUAUGCUUUGUUUAUGUGUCUCACUGGUUCUCCACCUUGGAGUAACUCUGAAUUUGUAACUAUAAAUUAGUCAGAACUUAUAUGAAGAAAUAAUAAGAUUUGGCUUCACACAUAAAUUGCAGAGAAAUUCAU